CACGCCAAAAGUCGCAUGCCUGCUAAGUUUGCCGUUGAUGGCGACAUUCAAAUCGAAAAUGGCUGCUUGUUUAUCAUGUCGCAAAGUGGGCAGGCGGCGAAUAUAGUAUGCAUAAAUCGGAGUAUUUUGCAGGGGACCUGUGAAAUCGGAUGUAAAUUACAUUCGAUAAGGCAAACUGGAGAUUAUCUAAUUAGACAGACAACUGCAAAUUUACCAGGAUUCUACGAUCCUUGCGUGUUAGAGGAGAGCUGUCUACGCGUGUUGUAUCGUUUUCAUAACACCCUUCACGAGUGUACUGUAGCUGACAACGAAUCACUCAGGAUACCUAAACAAUCUCAUCGUUUGGACCCCAGCUGAGAAGAGAGAACAUAAAGGCAGAGUUGAUGAAGAAAUUUGAUUUAAAAGAAUGCACAACAUAUAAUGCAAAUAUUACAUGGGUUAUUAA